AUGGCUCAGCAUUUUUUUGGAAGUUCAGGCUCCAUGACACUGCAGUCAACACCCAAAUCUGCUCUUCACCAUACAUCAGCAAAGGUGCCAGAUGAUGGUCUGAAUUCAACCGGUGGAACUCUGUCAUUCGUAACUCUGGAUGACAGCAGUGAUCUGCAAAAUGAGGAUUCAGGAAUUGGUGUUUCAAAAACGUCAUCUAGAAGUUCAGCCAACAAUACAGCGGAAGAUGUUGCCAUAUUGUCUCCAACCAAUUCACCAAUAGAUGAUAUUGGAAAGAAAGCACAUGACCUUAUUGAAAGCAUCAAUGAGAGACGAGCCUUGGACCAACAUGUGAUGACCAGCUUUGAGGAACAACUCAUUAAAAAGGUGACUGAGAUGUGUCAGCAGGUGAAGGAUCAGAUGUUUAAGUAUUAUGAAGAGCACAGUCAGGGCAUAGAGAACAGCAUCACUGAGCUGUCGGAGGUGCUGGAGAGAAGCAGUCAGCUGAGUAUGGAGCUUCAGGGAGCGAGUCAAACCCUGGCCAUCAUCAAUAAAGGCCUGCAGCACGGCACAGAGCAGUAGACAGGGUACACU